AUGGACAAGAAAAGUGCCAACGGCUUUCAGACCAAGGCUAGUGAGAGUGGGGUUCAGAGGAAGCAGCUGCCCUACUCAGUGGAAACUCCCUAUGGCUUCCACCUGGAUCUUGACUUCCUCAAGUAUGUUGACGAUAUCGAGAAAGGGAAUACCAUCAAGAGAGUGCACAUUCAGCGCAGGAUUAAAGGCCCACCCAAAUUCAGCACUCUGCCCAGAAAUUUUAGCCUUCCUGGGCAUGGGGUCCGGCCUGUCCCAAAGGACACAGCAUGGUCUGGGACAUCCACCUUGGGGCCCAGGCCUAAAUCACGUGUGACAGAAGUCCAACAGAUCUUUGACUUCAGGGCUAGUGAAGGGGGGACUUCGGGCCAGAGCAGCAGAGUGUCACCCAGUCAAGGAAGUGGCUAUGUUCCAGCUAAGCCAAGAGAAGAGGUAGGAGGUGGGGGUCGGGAUAUCGAAGAGAAAAAUGUGGGCAUACAAAACCGACCGAACCUUCUCCGAGCAUCGAGCAUGCCGAUUACCCUACAGCAGCGGAAAGGGUCUGAUUCCAGCAGUCCCGACCGUAUAGUGGGGACACCUGAGGGUGGCUCAUCUGAGAACGUGUUCCGUGCUUCACCUGACAUAACAGAAAGAAGGUGUGUUCCCCAGGACCGGACAGGGCUUCACCAGCAGAUCACUGUGGCACUGAAGCGAGUCAGAGAGCUGGAAGAGCAGGUCAAAACCAUCCCAGAACUAAAGGCUCAGAUCUGCUCUCUGAGGGAGGAGAGGGAGAAGCUUCUGCUUCAGCUCCAAGCCCAGGCCCGAGCCCAGGUCUCCACAUCAUCGUCCACAAUAGUACCAAGUUCUGAUUCUAGGACACACACUAAGCCACAAGUACACAGGCCUUCAGAAGGCCUCAACUUAGUUCUGACGACUCGGCCAACUGGAGGUUUAGAAACCUCAGUGACAGGGAAUGUAAAUCAAGGUGUGUCAGGAAAAGGCGAAGUGUUACACAAAGAGAGGACAUAUCAGGAGCCUGUUAGGAGUCCUUUGUCAGAGCAAGAAUCUGAGAAACAAACCCAGCCUUCAGAAAAGUCAGACAAACUAAAAGAGACAACAGAGCGUCCACUGAAUCAUGCCGUGCAGAAGCUGUCACAGGACACUGCAGGACAGGAAUUAAAAUCACUUACAGUAGCUAUAAAAGACGCAGAGACGAGCGGUAUUCAAGACAGUAAUGCAGCUCAGGACUCAGAGAGUACACAAAACCUGGAGGAGAAGCUAAUGAUACUUGAGGCUAAGCUAAGUCAGGCUAGCCAAGAACUGGAGAGAACUAAUAGUCGUUUAAAACAACAACUAGAGGAAAACAAAGUGAAAGAGGAGAGGAUAAUUCAACUGAGUGAAGGAAUGAGGGUGGAGAUCUGUACUCCGGAUUUAGAAAACAGACCUAGAAGAGAGAGUAUCGAUGCAGGGACAGUGACAGAGAAAGUGGAUGUUGCCAACCAAGAGACAGAGACAGAAUCACUGGGUAGAGUCGAUCAAGGGACGGAUACAGAUAGAAUCUGUAUUGAAGUGAUUGUACCAAGGCUCAGGACAGGAAGUACAGAUCAAGGAACAGAGACUAUUGCAAUUCAGACUCAAGAGCAGGUAACAGAGGUCGAGGCUGAAUUAACUGUUUUGAGUCCCCCAAGACCGAGAGCCAACAGCAUAGAACGGGGCACAGUAACUGAGAGGAUCCCCACCCAGGAUCAGAUGACUGAGACUCCCGUAGCGGAAAGAGUAAACCAAGUCACAGAAACAGAAGGAGAGACAAUGACAGACCAUCCAUAUAGACCAAGGGCCAGCAGUGUAGACCGAGGGACGGAGACAGAGAGAGUGGACACUGUGGACAGGGUGACAGAGACAGAGGUAGCGCAGAGGACGGACCAGCAGACUGGAACAGAGACUGACAGACGUCCGCAUAACAAUCCAGGCACAGGUGCAGAAGCGGAGAGUGAAGUGAGAGAAAAUGCAGGCAAUGAAAGGCUGGAAGACGAAGGCACUGUGGUCAGUGAAAGAGUGGAAGAUACAGAAGCUAAGGAGGUGAUUCAAAGCGAUAGAGGAGAAAAGGAAAGUUUGGAAGUACAAGUUGUCGCAGAAAGUUCCGUUGCAGUUAUAGAAAGCAAAGUUGACCAAACUGUAGUUCCAGAUGAUGCAGGCCAGGAUAAAGGCCAUGCCCGUCAGUCUGUUGCAACAGAAGAAAGUACAGAAUCAAAGAUUGAAAAGGUCAUUGUUGCAAAUGACUCAGAAGGAAUAGAAGUUAUAGCCCUGAGGAUGGAAGCAAAAGAUACUGUAGAAACACCACAGAUAGCUUUAGUGUCAGUAGAAAAGAAACAAUUUGUAGAUGCUGAGAUUGUGCAUGCUGUCAUCAAAGAAACGGCGGUCACUGACAGGGUGGUUGUGGAAGGAGAAAAGGCAGCAGCUCCUGUGCGACCACAGAGGGGCAGAAAGUCCUCUGCAGAGCAGAUUCAGCCCCUACUUCCUCAACCUCAGGCAGCACCUGUGCGGCCUCAUAGGGGCUCCAGUGAAGCCCAAAUUUCUCAGUCCCAGACGAAACCACAGCCCCAGGUGCAGGGUCCAACUGAGCAGGAGGCUCCAUCCCCAACACAGGUCUCUGAUCCACAGGUGAAACAAGCCCCGUCUUUGUCUCAGGUUGAAGAGCAAACCGUAGCAAAGACGCCCCCCGGGGAGAAACAAUCUCCAUCACAACCUCAGGCUGAGACUAAGAGUCCGUCACAAGGCUCCAGCGAAGUUCAAAUUCGGCCGAAAUCAAUCCAAACACAGUCCCAACCUCAAACCACUGCAACUCGACGAGACUCCAAAGAGCUUAAAGCCCUGCAGAAGGGAUCAAGUGUGGCAUCAAGUGACGCCCAACCUAAGUCUCAGGGUUCUCGUAGAAGUUCCAGUGAGGCGCAGACCCCGAGCAAAGCCACCAGCGAGACACAAGUUCUACGCAGAGGCUCCAGUGAAACAGCACAGCGCCGUGGUUCAGGAGAAGUUAAAGCCUCGCGUCGAAACUCCGGCGAGUCCCAGGCACCCCGCAGAGGUUCCAGUGACACGGUCCUGCGCCGUGGUUCAAGUGAAGCCCAAGCCUCACGUAAGAACUCUGUCGAUGCGCAGCAAACCCGCAGAGGCUCAGGUGAAACAGCCCAGCGACGCGGUUCGAGUGAAGCCCAGGCUGCCCGUAAAGACUCUGCCGACGCGCCCCGCAGAGGUUCCAGCGAGUCGCCGACAUCGCCGGCGGCUUUGGGCCAAGUCGUAACCCGGUUAACGGGCCUCCUGGGGGAGCAAUGGGCGCAGCUGGGGAGCAGCUCUGCAACUCAACAGACGGCUGGCCAGCAGGAGAGCCCCAUCGCACAGAAACAGACGGCAGGGAAAAGAGCAGAGGCGGGGAAAGGAGCAACAGCCAAGCCUGCAGGGAAGGCGGCCCCUGCAGCAUCAACAGGGAAACCAGCAGGGAAGCCUGGUCCUUCCAAAAUGAGCUCGAUUCAAAGUCAGCUGGUCAGCUCACUCAGUGUCCUCUCUGCCUUCUACUCACCGGGCCAGAAAGCUUCUGCUGCCAGCAAACAGCAAGAACAAGGACUCAAAUCUAUUAUGAAGAAAAAUGGUGUCGCUGACAAGCAGGGGAACAAGGGAGCCAAGAAAAACUUGAAGUUUGUCGGGGUGAACGGAGGCUAUGAGACGACAUCCAGCGAAGAGUCCAGUGGAGAUGAGAAGUCAAAGGUGGAGGUGGAGGUGGAGGAGGAAGACAGCUCAGAGCCCGAGGUAGAGAAGGAAAAGGAGACGGAGCCUCAGCAGGUGGAGAAGCCUGAGGAGGGAGCAGAGACCCAGCAGACGGGUGCAGAGGUCGCAGCCGUGGGAGGAGGUGCUGCAGCGGCGGCGGCGGCUGUGGAGAAAGAGAGUGAAAGAGGCCUGCUGGAUCCAGAUGUGAGCCAGGAGCUCCUGGAUGACCCAUCUGAGAGGGAGAAAGUUGACAAAGGUUUCUUAGACGCCUGUGUUUAUGUCAAAGACCGCAUGGAAGAGGUUUCAUCCCCAGAUAAGGAAAUGCGUCAGGUUUUAGUGGUGCUCUACCAGGAGUGGUUCAAGGUCUCCAGCCAGAAAGACUCGCAGGCGGAUACAGUCAGAUUAUACCUGCGUCAAGUGGGCUUGACCACACCUACUCUCCUGCCGUAUGUGGUUAACUUGACGGACGGCAAUGGGAAUAUGGCCCUCCACUACAGCGUUUCACACUCAAACUUCCCCGUGGUCAAACUUCUGCUCGACACUGGACUAUGUGAAACAGAUAAUGUGAACAAGGCAGGCUACACUCCGGUGAUGCUCGCCGCUCUGACGGCCGCUGAGAGCCCUGACGAUCUGGAGGUGGUACAGCAGCUGUUGAAACUGGGUGACAUCAAUGCAUGCUCCAGACAGGCGGGCCAGACGGCACUCAUGCUCGCGGUGAGCCACGGCCGCGUUGCCAUGGUGAAGCUGCUCCUGAGCUGCGGCGCGGAUGUAAAUGCUCAGGAUCGGGAGGAAUCCACGGCCCUGAUGUGUGCCAGUGAACACGGACACAUACACAUUGUUCGUCUGCUGCUGGAGACAGGUCGCUGCGACAUCAGCCUCAAAGAUAAGAACGGGCAGACAGCACUGUCGGUGGCAGAAGGAGCCUCCCACAAAGAAAUAGUCGACCUUCUGAAGGCCCACACUGAGACCCAAGCAUCCUCUGAACCCUCGUCUACCACAGACCUCCUCUGAGCCAGGACGUCUCUGUUUACUGCUACAGUUCAGUUAAGCCUCAUAUUCAAAGACCCUCUGCCUACCGAAAUAAGGGGGGGAAAGACUCUCUUUGACUAAUGGAAGAAGAAGUGGAAGUGCUCUGUUUACGACUUAAAAAACAAACCUCUGUGACUCGACUGUCCAGCUACAAAAACCCGAAAUCUUUCUUCCACAUCUCUGCCCUUGUCUGGGUGUCUAUGGAUAUGCUGCAUCAACCACUCAGUGGACAGACAACAAAAGAGGGCGGCUCAGAUUAAUAUUAAGGCAUUGCCAUGGCAACAUGUGAGUGACAGGAUUUUACUAAGGGGACAGGGUGAGGAUUUAAAGACGAACUAAGGAUGGGCAGAUCGAAGAGAUAAUCUGACAAACUGCUGCUUUCAUCAUCCACAAGCUCUUCAAGAAAAAAUUACUAAGCACAUGAUCUACCUUUCAAAUAGAAAUAUAUAUUAAAAAAAAUAUGACAUUAUUCCUUUUUUUUAAUUUCUCCUCAUCUUUCUUUUCAUAUUUGGACAUAAACCAUUCUUUGAGAAUAUAUGUAGAAUGUUAUUCUAACAGAUUAUAAUCAUAUACAAACACAGAAACUGUAUUUUCUACUGCACUUUUUUUAUUGUGAUUGUGUACAGUGAAUUAUAAUCCUCUCUAAAUAUAUAUAUAUAUCUAUUGGUGUCCAGGAGGUGAAUAUAUAUAACUCUAAAAGUGUUUAUUGGAAAAAUUGAAUAACCAGUGGAACUACGAAUCAAUGUCCCAUCAUUCAGUCGAUACUUGACUUAAUUUAAUGCAUUAUUUUUUCCACAGGGAUGAUUUUAUUUUUUUAAACGGGGCACUGGCAAUUAUCAAAUGUAAAAUAUAUAAGAAUAACAAAUUGAUAAGUUGAGGAUUCAAAUCUUUCAGCUUGAUAAGAAACAUUGUUUUCACACCCCAGAAGCCCAAAGUAAAGAAAGUCUUCUGAAAUUGUUGAGAAGCAAGUGCUGCAUGUCGAUACACAGUUACUCCCCCUACUGGCUGUAUAACAGUACUACACAAACAGUAUGUUCUAAUACUGUCCAUUCUCCUGAUUGACAUCUCCCUCAGAUCAUAUAUGACGUACGUCUCGUUCAUCUGCUCGUUUCCAAUCGUGUAUGCAACUGCUACAAAAUGCACAAUGAAUGUCAGGCUGGCUGUGAUACAUUCCAAUAAAUAUGUAGCAAGUGUAACUAUACUGGCAUGGGGCUAUGGGACUAACAAAGACAUAAACUGUCAGAUAAUAUAUAACAGGCAUAGAAAUGACUCUGCUUCCUCUUGUGUUUGUGACUGCAGAUAUUCAAUCAUUUAGAAAACAUCUUGAUCGUGAGGAUCUAACUUUAUGUUCCAUGUUCAAAAAACGAUAAAGAGACAAGAAAGUGAGAAGGGAAAGGAAUCAUUUGUUUAUGGUUUUAAAGUCCUUGAAGAAUUAAUAUGAAUGAAAUACUAAUUUGUCUGUCAGUAAAUACGGAGGGAGAGAGACCAUGCUCCAGCCUUAAUCAAAUGUACGUCCGGCAUUUAAAGGGGCGAUAAGUUUCAGGAAUUGUGCUCCCUUACUUCAUCAGACCGUCACCCAUAUUCUUAAAGUGUCUUUAAACAGAAGUACUGAUGUGAUUAAACGUCUGUGUAUGUUCUCAGUCAUCCAGGUCAUGGUGAGUUCAAAGCUUGAUCCAAAGGCAACUGGAAGACUUUUCACCUCUCGUCCGAAAGGCUUCUUCACCUCUAAGAUAACUGGUGGACGGAGCUCUAAAUGCAAACCUCUGUGGAUUAUUAGCGUGCUACAGAUCAAGGAUGACUCACAUCAGAGUCGUUAGCUGACUCAUUGACCUAGUUGGCCUAGAGUCGUUAACAGCUGACACAAUACGAUACGAUACACUGUAAUGUCCCCUUGGGGGAAAUUUGUCUUGGACUCAAAGUGCUGCCAAACAUUCAGCUGCUUCCACUCCAAUCAAUAAAGAAAAACAAAAGACAAACAUCCACACAUAGACAGAAAGGAACUUACCAAUGCAAGGCAACGCAGCAUAUACUGCGCAUUACCCAUAUUGCACAAGAUCUGCAAAAACGCAGCAUGAAAGAUAAAAUAACAAAUGUAAGAAAACCCCGGUCGUCAGUGGGUCGUUGGGGUCACAUGUUCCAAUGUGAGAACUGAAGCUGUCUCAACCAAGUCCAGAUGUCUUUGGAUCAAGCUUCGGAUGUGAUUAAAUGUUUACAACUGAAAAGCAUUACUUCAGUGACCAGAGCAGAAAUCCCAAAAGUGUACAGCAGGUUGAGAUAUUUAUUCAUUUGUAUGAAGGCAACGGGAGGAGUUUGUUUACCCCUGUGGGCAAAGCUUCAAAACCAUAUGAAGAUUUCAGAACAAAGCACGGUCAAAAAAAAAAGGAAGCAGCAGAGGUCAGAAUCAGGAAUACUUUAUUAAUCCCAGGGGGAAAUUCAGUUGUUGUCGAAGGUUGAGUUAUUCUGGCUGUUUACCUACACACUGUAAAAGAAGAUGCAUAGCUACCCUGACUACACCUAUUCUUUUUUCAGCGUCGUUUUUGAAACCUCAAACUUCGCAUUCGGACAGUAGCAAUCUGUAGCGUUUGUUUUGUUUUUUAAACCCAUUGGGACCAUAUUAGGAUGACAGGGUGGACAUACACGUCUCUAUCUUGUUCAACAAGUCGUUGUGGUAUCAAUACACAAUCUUUACAAUCUCAAGUCCAUUUACCAAUAUCCUGCUUAUAUAUAUUUUACUCUAAAUGGGACCAUGAUUUACAAAAUCUACAGGCUUCCUGUUGUGAAUUUAUAAUUACAAAUUCAUGGCAAGACAUCCCCGAUGACAUCAUCAGUGGGAAUAUAAACAGACCUGUUGGUGUACAUUUGAUGCCGUCUCUUUAAAUGGUGACUGGGCUUCGUUGUGGUUACUGAACAAAAAAACUUCAAGGGGAAUACCACUCACUUUAACAACUGCCAAAUAUGUGGUCCAAUGACUGACAUCCUGCCAAUUUCACUGCCGGCUCCAGCUCCUACUCAAAUAAAGUAAAUAUACAAAUUAUAGGUGAGUUUAGUUUAUAGGGACUUUAAAGAAAGCAGAAAUCUCUCCUAAAACAAGUGUUUCUCAGUGCCAGUUGAUAAAAAAAAUCACAUAAAAGAAAAGAAAAGGUCUUUAUUGUCAUUAAACAAUGUUCCAGCUUGUAUUAAGUCUCCUUAAAAGGUGAUAUAUUUAAGUUGAUUUGCCUAUAGUAUUUGGUGCUGAUUUCUAAGCUUCCUGUUGCGUGGGUGUUUUGACCACCUAUUCUGAAGCAGCAGUCUCUAAUUCCCAGACACUUUAUUGAUAUGGGUGAUAACAAAGGACUCGACAAACUGACAGGAACACAGAUCAACAAGCAAAAGUACCUCUCUUGAAUUAGAGCUGCAUCAACCCAGCAGUAGCGAUUCUAGAGUCUGUUUGGGCACUAAGCAAAAUUCCCUGGGGGCCCCUCCACCUAUCAUUCAUCGCCAUUAUGUUAAAAAAUAAUCUGACACCAAUGGCAACUUUAAGUGACACAUUGAAUUUUUUACAGGAAUAUUGGAACGCGUAGCCUUGCAACAACAUUGAGUACUGUCAGAUGGGGCCCCCUUAGGGAGGUUUUCUACUGUCAUUGUAAAAUUUGCACAUUCUGAGCCACUGCUACAUGUGGUUUAAAGUUAGUCAGUCCUCUGUUGGGGCCACCUACUGGCCAGGGGCCCCAAGCAUUUUACUGCCUUGCCUGUUGACAAGCGGCAAACUCUGCUACUCGGCAACAAAAACUGAGUCAGCAGUGAGUUAGAAAUCAGAUUGGAGGUCAUAGUCACAAAGUAGCACAGGUGCAGAUAUAGACGAGGCUGUAUUCACACAGGAGCAGAGAGUCUGAAUCAUAGGUCUGCUACUCAUUAUUUAUUGGUUGCAUAAAAGUCUGUGUAGCUUCCCAAAUUUCAGACGGCAAAAGUAAUUUUGGAUCGAUGCUGAGGGACAUUUCUGGUAAAUCUGGUCUUCCGUGCCUGUGUAUCAAGUCUAUAAAAAGAAUCACAUCCGUAUGUUUUAUCCAGUGUGACCCAGAUGUAAUAAGGUUUCAUUACUGGCUCAACACCAAAGAAGUGAAAUCUGAUUCACAUGGGGUUAACAAUAAAGUUUAUGUUUCUGUACAAAUCAAAGUGUACAUACAGUAUUGUGAGAAAUAUAUAACAAGUAUUGUCUGACAGUUUACUCUAAAAACGAUCUUAGAUAUUUAUUCCAAAUUCUAUAUUUUUUACCAUAUAUACAAAGUAUACUUAUGUAUGCAUGGACAUGAUGUUUUGGAUGAUUGGAAACUAUGCUGACAGUUCCCUGAUGAUGUGAUUAUUGGGCUCAUCGUUGAUUGGUCGGGUGGUGUAGUUACAUGUGUGAUUUGACAGGUUGUGGGCUGUGUGUCAUGUAACCGUUGAUGCUAUACCUAUGAUGUUUGCGGGGAAAUUAUGAAGCAGUUUGAACACUGGCUCAAGCUAUAAAGGGAGCUAUCUCUUUUGUUUGAAAUACCCAUCUGAAAAUUGGCGUAUGAACAUGAGUCAAAUGUAAAAAAACAAACAUGUACCUCUAUAAAAUAUUCCUUGUACAAUGGGCUUAUAUGUAACAAACGAGAGAAAUACUUCUAAAUAAAUGAAUAUGAAGAUUUAA